UUUGACUGAUAAAAAAUGAAAAAAAUAUCCUCAAUAAAGCAGAAAAUAUCGAAAGCCUCGGCCAAAGUAGCACAGGAGGAUGAUAACGAUUCAAUGAUCGAGAACGGGACGGAUGAGGACUCAAAUGACGACGAUUGUGGGCGGCCGGAGCCAGAAAGUGACAGCGGUCAAGAAAGUGGUGGACGCUUUGUGCGAGCCCCGGCUGUCGGAUCUUCGGAAUCGAAAGGCGCUAAGCGUAAAGCCAUUCCGAGCGACGAACACGACGAGGAACACCAACGGAAGAUCAAAGCCAUGAAGCAGCUGUAUAAAGCACCGACGGUAGAGGAAAUCAAUCGGCUGAAGGAAACGGAAAAUUUCUACCACUCGAAUCUGUUCCGGCUGCAGGUGGAAGAGAUGCUCACGGAGGUGAAGGUGAAAUUCAAGGUGUUAAAUUAUAUUGAGCGUUGGUUGGGCGAUUUCCGGAAGUUUUUGAGGACGGUAAAAGAUGCGGACAAUGAACGAUCUCUGAAGGAUGUGGAUUAUGAAGGGGUUGAAUUUCCACUGGCAUUUCCCGACGGCUCGCAAGUUCUCACCAAGGAAAGCUUUAAAUUCGUUCAGCAACGGAUCGUGCAUCAGAUUGGAUCGAGUCGCUUAGGAACAUCCUAUGGCAAGCCACUGAAAGUAGAUUUGCUGCUGGAGAUUCCGGACAAGUGUUUCCGGAAAGAAGAUUACCUCAACUUGCGGUAUCAUGUGAAGAGGGCACAUUUCCUGUGCCAUCUGGCAGAAGCAUUGGGCAAACAGUCAAAGUAUUCUUUGGCCAGUGGGAUGCGCUUUGUUCCGCUAAAAGGGGACUUCCGGAAACCGGUGCUGGAGCUGACGCCGAAUGAUGAAAAAUUUGCCAGUCGCGUUGUGUUUGUGGUGCACGCUGCUCCGAUGGGUAAAUUUGCACCAAACAGAUUUCUUUCAGAGAAAAACAACGUCCGACCAGCUUUGAUUGGACAGGAGGUCAGUUCAGAUGCCGAACUGCUGUGUCCAACGCCUCACUACAACUCUUCCAUCCUGUCGGACUUGCGACUGUUGAAGAACCAGGAAAUCCUUGACAGCAUCAUCCAAUCAGAUAAUGUCCGUCAAGCCAUCAUUCUGCUCAAGGUAUGGAUCAGGCAGCGUCGGUUCGAUGCCGGUUACUACGGGUUUGACGGCGCCCUCGUAACCUUCUACAUCGCAUAUCUGCUGCAGACUCGCAAGGUAUAUAACUCCAUGAGCAGCUAUCAGAUUAUUCGCCUAUUCUGGAACCAGUUGGCCAACAGCCAUUGGGAUACCGAUGGAAUCAGCAUGGAAGCGAAUGCCAAUCUUGAGACCUACCGGAAGCAGUACGAAGUCGUGUUUCUCGAUAAUUCCGGUCUUUUGAAUAUCUGUGCGAAUCUAUCGGGUGAUUUGUACCGCCGUGUGAAGCAGGAAGCUACCGCGGCUAUUCUUCUGCUCGACAAUCACAAGGUCAAUAGCUUCCUACCGCUGUUCCUCAGCAAAUACCCAGUCUACACUCAGUACGAUCACAUUAUGAGCAUUGAGAAGUCGGACUUGAUCAAGUCCGUGGUGGAAACUUUCGGUUCCGAUGAAGAUAAGCUUAAUUACUUCGCCGAUCCGUACGCCCAUUUCCGCAAGAUGGUAUAUCAGCUAUUCCGACGUGGUCUCGGUCUCCGAGCAUCGUUUAUCGUGCCGAUUCAGAUCCAAGACAGCACCGAUUUGAUGCUGACCUUUGGCAUCUUGCUCAACCCCGAGGAAGCGUUUGCCGUCCUGGACAAGGGCCCGGAAGCGAUCGACAAGGCCGCUUCUGAUGACUUCCGAGACUUUUGGCGUGGCAAAGCCGAACUCCGCCGAUUCAAAGACGGUUCCAUAACGGAGUCGGUCGUAUGGGGUUCCAGUUCGGACCCGCUCGGGGAGAAGCGAUUGAUCUGCAGGAAGAUCGUGCUAUACCUGUUGAACGCGCACUUUGAUAUCCCGGACACGAAGGUUACCUAUGCGGCGCAACAGUUUGAGAUUUCCGUAAGGCCAGAUGGAAGCGAGUUGCACGAAACGGUCGAGGAGCGCUCGUUGGCAUGCAUCAGGACGUUCGAUAACUUGAGUCGAAUAGUGAAGAAUUUGGACGAUCUUCCCCUUACGAUCAAUUCGCUGGCAGGAACGGAUGCCGUUUUCCGGUAUGCAGAUCCGGAUCCACCGAGGCCAACUGCAAAGGCUCUGUUGGUUAAUGAGCAGUUGAUGUUCUUGGCGUCGCAUGUCGUCAAUGCAACGAUCCAGCUGGAGUCCAGCGGAAAGUGGCCCGAUCAGCUGGAAGCGCUCCGAAAGCUGAAAGCGGCUUUCCAUCUGCAAAUUGCGAAUUCCAUACGAUCGUAUGCUGGAAAAAGUGCAGAACUGGUACCGCAGGCCUAUGAAGAUUACCUGGAUAUUAUGUACGAAAAGUACCUCUUCCGUCUUCGAAUUAUCCACCAGCGUGAGAUCAUACUGCAGCGGGAGUAUCUCUCGGAGAACAAGAUCACAAAACUGUACCGCGAUUCGGACAAAAGUAUCCAGCUGGAAAUGCAAGCCAUGACACUGCCCAAACUGACCGCUAUCCUACACGGCUUGCAUCAGCAGCACUUCUCGUUCGGGUCGGUUGCCGCCAUGGCCAAACGGUGGCUGUAUUCGCAGCUGAUCGAUCCCUUCCUGUGGCCGGACGAGUGCACGGAGUUGAUUGUUGCUUCGCUGUACCUGAAGCAAGAUCCGACUCUGCAACCGCAGGCAGGGUUCCUGAGGUUCAUGGAGCAUUUAGCCGGUACGGAUUGGAGCAAAGAGCUGGUGCUGUUGAAUUUCAACGACGAAAUACCGGAGGAAAAGGUGGAAGAACUGGAGAAGCAGUUCAUGGACAAGAGGGCCAGCUUUCCACCGUUGGCGAUCGUGACAUCUUGUGAUGCGGAUAAGUAUGGACUGUUCGCCAAGAUGGCCCCCAGCCAGGAGGUGUUGAACCGGGUGGUGUUGCUGGCGAAGAAUGUCGUUGGGAUGAUUGAAGAUAACUUCAAUACCAUUCGUAACAAAGUUCAUAUAUUUUACAAACCAUCUUACAAUGGUUACAACUUGAUAAUCCAUCUGGAUUCAACCAUUAUCCCUGCAAUUGGAAUAACCAGCAUUGAAAAUUACACCACAAGCAAGAAGGAAUACCUGGUGGAACCGGAAACAAAAGAUCCGGCUGCUGGGUUCAAUCCGGUGCAGUUGUACCUGCACGAACUCCGGGAAGGUUAUCGCAAGUAUGCGGUAUUCUUUUACGACCACUGUGGCGGCGAUCGGAUCGCAGUGCUGUGGAGACCCGAUGCCCUCGAGGAGAAGCCUUUCACGACUAGCAACAUAAACGGUCGUAUACUUACAAAGAAGGAAACCCUAAAAUUGAAUACGGAAGCUCUGAUACGGGACUUUGAAAUCAUCGGUAAAGGAUUAGUGCAAAGCAUCGAACGGAAGUCUUCGAUAUAACUAGUGAACAAUACAAAAAAA